AUGGCUUCACAGGGUUUCUCGAGGAAGCGUCCUGCGCCUGGCGCGGACCCAUAUCCUCCUCAGAUGCAGAAUCCUACACCCGCAUACCCCGACGGCAUGGGAGGACAUGAUCUCUCAAAUGAUGAGUUCUUCCAAUGGGGUCAGACUGGUCAACCGGCUGUCCCUUACAACGAUAACAGUUAUGUAAUGAAUGCGAACACCUUCCCUCAAGCCAACCCUCCGCCGCAAACCUCUACCCAACUGACCCGGAGACCCAUGACCCAACUCGCCGCACCUGCUCAUCCUCGGAUCGAUCAGGACGCGAGUGCGUGGAUGGACAACGCGAAUGCGCCUCAUGGUCAGGAAGCUGAGUGGGCUGACGACAUAACCGUACUCGAGGCUCGGGCACAAGUUGCGAAGAGAGAGGCGCAAGCGAAAAGAAAACAGAUUCCUCCUUUUGUCCAGAAAUUAAACAGCUUUCUCGAAGAUGGCAGGAAUACUGAUCUCAUCCGCUGGUCCGACGAUGGUAAUUCGUUCAUCGUCCUCGACGAGGAUGAAUUCGCGAAAACGCUCAUCCCCGAGUUGUUCAAGCACAACAACUAUGCGUCCUUCGUUCGCCAGCUGAACAUGUACGGUUUCCACAAGAAAGUGGGUCUUUCUGAUAAUUCAAUGCGGGCGAGUGAAAGAAAGAACAAGAGUCCAAGUGAAUAUUCCAAUCCUUACUUCCGCCGUGGCCACCCUGAUCUCUUGUGGUUGAUCCAAAAGCCUAAGAAUGCAUCCGGACCAUCCUCGAAGAGAAAGAAAACGGACAAUGAUGCCAACGAAGAAGAGGUGGAAGAGUAUGGCGAGGAAGGCAUACCCACAACGGAGACUCGUGUUCGACCACAUCCAGGUCAACUCACCCUGGGAAACACCCAGACGGCCCUGACUCAAGAACAAUUCAAGAGUGUGCAGCGCGAACUGGCUGCGAUUAGGCAUCAGCAAGCUCAGAUCGGCCGCAUGAUGCAGCAGAUCAAGCGCGAGCAUGAACAGCUGUACGGUCAGGCAGCGACAUUCCAAGACCAACACAAUCGACACGAGAACUCAAUUAAUGCCAUCCUGACUUUCCUUGCCACUGUGUACAACCGCAGCAUCCAAGGUGGUCAUGACGGUAUCCCAAAUAUGGCUGCGCUUUUCGGCAACAAUGCCAUGCCUGUCGACGGUACGAGCCAAGCCAAUGUAGUCGACGUUGGAGAUUUCCCAAUCAAUGACAUCAACUUUGAGACAAACAGCCCGGGUCUAGGAAAGCCGUUCAAGCGACAGCCCCUCCUCUUGACCAAUGGCACUGGCCACCAAGGUCGAGCAAGCACCAUUUCUCCUCGAGCAAGCGCCUCCAACAGUCCCUAUACAGCCAGAUCACAGGGAGUUCGCAACACUCAACAGACCAACUUCGCUCCUAAUGUUGAGGAGGUCUUUGAUCCAGGUGUAAACAGCCCCGAUACUGCAAUACCAUCUCAACCAGCCAAUCAGGCCCAAAACGUUCCUCAACGUGACAUGAUGUCCAUGAUUCAGAAUGCCAACGCCCGCAACAAUUCAGGCAGCCCGACUACUCCAGCGCAGGACUUUUCCAACGUGCUCAAUAACCUAGAGGCAUCUGGAGGGGCGGGACCGUUGAGCAACUCCCAGCGUGCAGACGUGUUGAAGAUGAUCAAUGACUCGACCCGGCAGCCAUCGGGCAGCGAUAACGCGCUGAUCAACUCGACUCCGCCACCAGGCCCAGCCAACUUCCAUCGUCGUCUUGCAAGUACGGGUGCCGAUCUUGAUCAUCUCGCCAAACUCCAAGCCGAGCAAGAUAAGAGCGUGCAAACAUUGACCAAUCUGUUACAGCCACUCAGUCCUACCGGUUCUAUUCCUGGCAUCAAUGAUGGCCAAAACCUACCUCCGCCGCCGCUGGACAUUGAUGAUUUUCUGAAUCAAGCUGAAUACUUCGGUGACUACGGCAGUGAUAACAAUGCCAACUACGAUUUUGGAAACACAGGUCUCGAUCCGACUGGGCACAAUGACAAUAUCAACUUUGAUUACAAGGAUGAGGAUGAGUUGUUUGGCAACCUGAACGACCAAGCUGGACCUAGCAACACUGGUGGCAAAUACAACCUUGGAUUUGACGGUACUACAGAUGGCAAUGUGGGAAACCAGUACGAACCAGUCAAGUAUGAGACCAACAGUGAUUACGAGCAAGAUGGCGGUGGCCGUGUUGAGAGCAUGCCGAGCAGUACAGUCACCACUCCAAAGUCCGCCGGUGAUGAUGGACCUGCUACUCGCAGCAAGGGUAGAGGUGUUGUUACGGGGGUGGGCUCAGCCAUCGAGAAUGACUUGCCCGCCAAAAAACGUCGUUCUUGA